AUGUCAAUUGCAGAUUCCUUGGUAUCUUUGAUCGUAGAUUUUGAAAAUAACAAGACCAAUCCGCUUUACCUAUCUUCAUCGCUUGAUGGCAUUUUGGAGUUGAAAUUUCCCUUUUUGUCGGUGUAUGAAGUGUGCAAUGACCAUUUUGAAUUUUUGGAGGCUCUUUCGGUUUUUCAGUAUUUCCCCUCCCCUGGUUCGUCCCAUGGAAUUUCCCCUAUUGUUGUUACUGCGGUGAAAAAGAUAUUUUCCUCUUCCCCUUCAUCAUUAAGUCCGCUUAAUAGUUGGUGCCUCGUAAGACUGGACCCAUUGGUCCUGGAGGCAUCUGAAUGCAUUCCCUCUACGGAGGCAUUCCAAAGGAAACUUAUCAAGGCCAACACAGAUAUAUUAGAAUGUAGUGCUGGAUUUGCUCAACUGGCUACCCAGCUUCUGAUCCCAGGCUAUUGUUUAGAACAUUUGCUUUGCCACUAUUUAGGAGAAUAUGACCUUGACCCCUUUAGAGGGGUUUCUGUUUUCGUUUCAAUCCUAUCCGCACAGCUAGACUCAUAUUGGAUUGCAUAUUGCAUGUCCAACUCGCUAGUUGUUCCCCAUCAAGCAGCGACUGUGACGCAUAAAAAAGCCCUGUCUCCAGAGUUCUUGCAGACUCAUCUUCUAAAUUUAUUUGAUUCAAAAGCACUUCUCAAUAUCAUGUUCCCGGUUCUUUGUCUAAAGCUUGAAACGACGGAGAGUUUGGGGCUGUUCAUUAUUGUUGCCAUAUACUGUUCUCGCACUGAAAAGCCGGUUUCUGCUCUUCGUCAGUUUACUCCCUUCAUUAAGCUACAGGAACAUUGGGCUUUGUUUUUCCUCGCAGUGGCAAUUGUAUAUAGUUCAAAUUUAAGUCAAAUCAAGCAUGCGGACAUCUCAGAAGAAUUUUCGUUUUCCAUGAAGCCAACUAAGAGCAUUCCAAUGGAGAUUGAAGAUUUUCUGAACGCUCAACUUGGCUCAUCUGAGUGGAGCUCGUGGCCCCAGUGGAUUUUGAAACUGAUUGCGUUUUUCAGAACUGGAUGGAUGCAAAGUGCACAUUCUAGCGGGCAGCCUGUAUAUAAGGCCAUUGCAGCAUUAACAGGCAUGUAUGGAAACUCUGCACUUGGCUUUUUUUGCGCUGUCAAGUUUGAUGAGAAAGACUUCCGUCAAUUGCCCUUGGAUGCCAUAUGCUUCGUGUACUUUCCUUCUUCUCUGUUGAUUUUUUUGAUUGAUAAUUUCGGAUCCAAAGAGCCAUGGGCUCCAGUACUUUUGGGAACAGUGCUUGGGCUGGUCGUUUGUCUUAAGAGAGAGUCAUCGUUGACUUUGCAUCAACAUCUUUGGAACUCCGCUAUCGGGGCGUUUCCCACCGAGACCAGAUACCAAAUGUAUGACUUUGCAUCUCUGAUAAAAACUAACACGUUUGAUUCAUCCAUUCCCGUUAGAAGGCUUUUGAGAAGAAUUUCAUCUGACAAUGUGAGUUUGAUGAAGACCGAAUUUCUGGACACGCUUCAUCAAGCCGAUGUGUUCUUAUCGGUUUCCGUGAUUAUAGACCAGAUUUCUGCAUAUGAAAAUCUUGGGGAUCCCCUUGUCGGCAUACUGGGUGGCGAUGAUAAUGCCGAGCAUACGCUUUCAAAUUUGUAUGCAGAUGUAUUUUCAUGGACCAUUUUAUCCAAACAUCUGCUGCAAAAGGCCCCCGAAAUGCGCUUGAAAGAAGAUGGCCUCCAUGUGAGGCCCUGGCUGACAAGUUUGACUUUGUAUCUUUAUUGCCAUUAG